CAGCUGAAAUUUUAAAUUUAAUCAUAACAGAUCCCUGGCCUGCUGUUUUAUCAUUACUUUUAUCAGUAAAGAAGCUGAUGGUGGUUCUCUUUUCACACCAAGAAAUCUCUCUUUUUUACCAGAAAGAGACCCGUUCUUACUUCCCUAUGCCACUGUACUUGAAGAUCCCUUUUUUGUUUAUCUUUCUCUUUCAGCUAUGUGUGGUACACCCGCUCUGUACCCCUCUGAGGCUGCGUCCCGAAUCCGGUGGGCCAGUGGUGAGCUCUCCAUCCAGCAUGUGUUUAUUUGAAAUUCGAAUAGGCCGACAUAUACACACGAUCGUCAGUUGGUGUCGGAAAUCCAUACGGAACAGAACUAUGCAUAUUAGUCGCUGGAAUAUAAAGCGGGUCUCGCUGCUCCUCAGCACCGCCCUGUUGCUCUACGUAUUUGUUUUCUCCAGCGGAUAUCACAAGUACCAGAUCGAGGGCAUUAUCGGACGGACGCAACCGGAAAAGGUCUGGGAGUAUGUGGCGGAUUUUAACAAGAUGCGCCUGCUUAACCCCACCAUCAUCAACUUUAAGAUCCUAGCCGACCAUGGCCACGCCCACGACUGGCGUUAUACGGUGGAAUAUACUGAGCGCCUGUCCCAUUGGCCUCACUGGAUAAACACAGCUACAGCCAAGUAUGUGGUUACCAAGACCAUGCCCGGAGUGACGCCAGUGGCCUAUGCCAUACAGUCCACCCACCAGACCUGCUUUUUCAGUGGAUUCUACUGCUUGCAAUCUCACAGCGACUUUAUCUUCAAGAACUCCAAUGGAGAUACCUUCGCCCAGGAGAAUAUCCAGUACCAGUGUCCGCCCCUGUUGGGGAGCAUGUGUCGCCGGGAGUUGGAGUUCCAGAGGCAGGCGGUGAUGCACAACCUAACACAUAUAUUCAGCAAGCAGAAGGGGAAGUAAAUGUGUUCAAAUGAUACUUAAAUCCUGUAAUUUAAGUCAAGUUCUUUGACUAAAUAAAAACAAAGCGAUUAUUUAA